UGGUAUCAGAGCCACUUUGGCCUUAGAACACGAAGAAAGGAAGAAGGGCAGACUCUGCUGAAGCAACAUAGUGAGGAGAUUGCUAAGAAAUUUAAGGCUCUUUCUUGCAUACAAUCUGUUGUCUCAGAUGCCAUUUUCACAAGGAUUAUAACUUGUGAAACUGCAAAAGAAGCCUGGGAUAGAUUACGGGAGGAAUUUCGAGGCAAUGAAAGGACAAGACAGAUGCAAGUGCUGAACCUAAGAAGGGAGUUUGAAACUCUGAAGAUGAAGGAAUCAGAAGCUGUCAAAGAAUUUGCUGAUAGACUGAUGAAGAUAGUUAACCAAAUCAGGUUGCUAAGUGAUGACUUGCCAGACAGGAGAGUAGUAGAGAAGGUCUUGAUCAGCUUGCCUGAAAAAUUCGAAGCCAAGAUCUCCUCACUUGAAGAUUCCAGGGAUCUGGCCAGCAUGUCAUUGUCUGAGCUAGUCAAUGCUCUUCAAGCCAUAGAACAAAGAAGAUUGAUCAGACAAGAAGAGCAAGUCGAGGGAGCCUUGUUUGCUAAAGGAAAAUACAAAGCUCAAACUAGUUAUGGGAUGAAAAAACCAUUUAAUGAGAAGAAGGGUGCUGAAAGCAACAAAAAUUUUGGUGAAGGAAAGAAGUAUCCACCAUGUCCUCAUUGCAAAAAGACAAGACAUUCACCUAAAUGGUGUUGGUUCACGCCUGGAGUACAAUGUAGGGCUUGCAAACAAUUUGGUCACAUUGAGAAGGUAUGCAAAAGUAAGAAGGAAAAACAGGACAUGCAGCAAGCUCAAGUUGCUGAGAAUUGA